UCCUCCGCGGCGUUUACUCUUUCCCGGUCCUGUCAAGCACCUGGCUCUCGCUCCCGUACCAAGAUGGCGGCAGAAGCAGCUGGUGGGAAAUACAGGAGCUCAGUCAGCAAAAGCAAAGACCCCUCGGGGCUGCUCAUCUCGGUGAUCAGGACUUUGUCUACUAGUGAUGAUGUUGAGGACAGAGAAAAUGAGAAAGGUCGCCUUGAAGAAGCCUAUGAGAAGUGCGAUCGUGACCUGGAUGAAUUGAUCGUUCAACACUACACAGAAUUGACAACGGCCAUUCGAACUUACCAGAGCAUCACAGAGCGUAUCACUAACUCACGGAAUAAAAUCAAGCAGGUAAAAGAGAAUCUACUUUCCUGUAAGAUGCUGUUGCACUGCAAACGGGAUGAGCUUCGUAAACUGUGGAUUGAAGGAAUUGAGCAUAAGCAUGUACUGAACCUGCUGGAUGAAAUUGAGAACAUCAAGCAAGUGCCUCAAAAACUGGAACAGUGCAUGGCCAGCAAGCACUACCUUAGUGCCACUGACAUGCUGGUGUCAGCAGUAGAGUCUUUGGAGGGCCCAUUGCUCCAAGUGGAAGGUCUCAGUGACCUCAGGCUGGAACUUCACAGCAAGAAGAUGAACCUGCACUUGGUUCUCAUAGAGGAACUGCACCGACACCUGUACAUCAAAUCCACUAGCCGAGUUGUGCAGCGUAACAAAGAAAAAGGGAAGAUGAGUUCUCAUGUCAAAGAUGCCUCUCCUGGUCCUCUGAUUGAUGUUACUAACAUCCCUACUCCACGAAAAUUUCUUGAUGCCACUCAGUAUUGUUCUGCUGGCAACUCAAGUGUGAGGGAGAUGAACCUGCAGGACAUCAAGGAGGACUUGGAGUGUGAUCCAGAGGAGAGCAGCACUCUUUUCAUGGGAAUUCUUAUCCAGGGGCUGACCAGACUGAAGAAGAUCCCUGAGACAGUAAAAGCCAUUAAAGAGCGUUUGGAACAGGAGCUAAAGCAGAUUGUGAAGAGGUCAACCACUCAGGUGGCCGACAGAGGCUAUCAGAGGGGAGAGAGUCUCACGGUGGACAACCAGCCAAGGUUACUUCUAGAACUGCUGGAGCUGUUGUUUGACAAAUUUAAUGCCGUAGCCACUGCCCACUCUGUGGUGCUGGGGUACCUGCAGGACUCUGUUGGGACCCAGCCAACUCAGCUGGAAGAGAUUAAAUUAUACGACAUGGCAGAUGUGUGGGUGAAGAUCCAAGAUGUGCUGCAGAUGCUGUUGACUGAGUACUUGGACAUGAAAAACACACGAACUGCAUCAGAACCAUCAGCUCAACUAAGCUAUGCCAGCACCGGACGGGAGUUUGCAGCAUUUUUUGCCAAGAAGAAACCACAGAGGCCAAAGAAUUCUCUUUUCAAGUUUGAGUCAUCCUCCCAUGCUAUCAGCAUGAGUGCCUAUCUUCGAGAACAGAGAAGGGAACUCUAUAGUCGGAGUGGAGAACUUCAAGGGGGUCCUGAUGACAACUUAAUUGAAGGUGGAGGAACAAAAUUUGUCUGCAAACCUGGAGCCAGAAAUAUAACUGUUAUAUUCCAUCCAUUACUGAGAUUUAUUCAGGAGAUUGAACAUGCUUUAGGACUUGGCCCGGCCAAACAGUGUCCCCUCCGAGAGUUUCUUACCAUGUAUAUCAAAAGCAUCUUCCUUAAUCAGGUCUUGGCUGAGAUCAACAAGGAGAUUGAAGGAGUCACCAAAACAGCAGACCCCUUGAAGAUCCUUGCCAAUGCAGACACCAUGAAGGUUCUGGGAGUGCAGAGGCCUCUUCUACAGAGCACAAUCAUUGUGGAGAAGACAGUGCAAGACCUCAUGAACCUGAUGCAUGACUUGAGUGCAUAUUCAGAUCAGUUCCUCCACAUGGUGUGUGUGAAGCUACAGGAGUACAAGGACACCUGCUCCACAGCCUACAGGGGCAUUGUCCAGUCAGAAGAGAAACUUGUCAUCAGUGCAUCUUGGGCAAAAGAUGAUGAUAUCAGCAGACUCUUGAAAUCGUUGCCAAACUGGACUAACAUGGCUCAGCCCAAACAGCUGAGGCCCAAGAGGGAAGAGGAAGAAGACUUCAUAAGGGCAGCUUUCGGCAAGGAGUCAGAAGUUCUAAUUGGGAACCUUGGUGACAAACUGAUUCCUCCACAAGACAUUCUCCGUGACGUCAGUGACCUCAAAGCCUUGGCCAACAUGCACGAAAGCUUGGAAUGGCUGGCCGGCCGAACAAAGUCAGCUUUUGCCAACCUCUCUACGUCCCAGAUGUUGUCUCCUGCUCAAGAGAGCCAUGUGAACAUGGACCUUCCGCCAGUGUCCGAACAGAUCAUGCAGACACUGAGUGAACUUGCCAAGUCCUUCCAGGAUAUGGCUGACCGCUGCCUGCUUGUCUUGCAUCUAGAAGUGAGAGUGCAUUGUUUCCACUACCUCAUCCCUCUGGCCAAGGAGGGGAAUUAUGCCAUCGUGGCCAACGUGGAAAGUAUGGAUUAUGACCCUCUGGUGGUCAAGCUCAACAAAGACAUCAGUGCCAUGGAAGAGGCCAUGAGCGCCAGCCUUCAGCAGCACAAGUUCCAGUACAUCUUUGAAGGUCUGGGACACCUCAUCUCCUGCAUCCUCAUUAAUGGGGCCCAGUACUUCCGACGCAUCAGUGAGUCUGGCAUCAAGAAAAUGUGUAGGAACAUUUUUGUUCUUCAGCAGAAUCUGACCAACAUCACUAUGUCACGGGAGGCAGACUUGGAUUUUGCAAGGCAGUACUACGAGAUGCUCUACAACACAGCCGAUGAGCUCCUGAACCUGGUGGUGGACCAGGGCGUGAAGUACACAGAGCUGGAGUAUAUCCACGCUCUGACCCUGCUGCACCGCAGCCAGACUGGCGUGGGGGACCAGACCAUCCAGAAUACCAGGCUACAGAGGCUCAAGGAGAUCAUCUGUGAGCAGGCUGCCAUCAAGCAAGCCACCAAGGACAAGAAAAUAACCACUGUCUAAUGGUGUGCACCGCAGUGGGUAUGGGUGGGGUUCAGGCUUAGUGCAGCCAUGGUUCUAGCAUCAGCCAACUUGCUUUUGCCUAAACUGACGUUUAGUGGAUGGAAGGUAUACUAUUUUCUCCUUAGUUUUGCUAUAUGAACUCUAAGGAAGUUUUCAGUACAGAAUGUUUGGCCUAAUGGCUACUUUGGGGAUGAGUGUGGGACAGGACAGAGGACAUGUCAAUUUGCUGGACUCUGAGACAAGAACAGAGGAAAGCUGGCUGCCACCUGAGAUUUAGGACCGUCCUGAAACUACUUAAUGUGGUCUAUGGCGUAAGCAGGGGCUUUAUUCUCUUUGUCAGUUUAUAGUUCAGUAAGGUGAGUGUGCACACAUUACUUUGUCUUCAUUGCCAAAAUGAAAUAAGAGGCUUCUCAGCUGGCUCCCCGUCUCCUCAAGGCCGGGGAGAAAGCAGCGCUUCACCCCCUGCUGGGGGUGAGGGUGCUAUAGCUCGUAUAAAGCUGGUUGGCUUUAUAGCCUUUUUGUUUUAGUCCUUCUGUAUUAAAACCAAGAGUCAGGGCUGGAGGGGUGGCUUAGCAGUUAAGAGCACCGACUGUCCUUCCAGAGGACCAGAGUUCAAUUCCCAGCACCCACACAUGAACCUCAUAGUCAUCUGUAACUUCAGUUCCUGCUGACCUCUUCUGGCUCAACAGGUACCUCAUGUAUGGUGCACAGACAUAAAUGCAGGGGAAAUACUUAUGCACAUAAAGUAAGAAAAAACCAAGUCAUAAAACUAGCGCUAAAGGAUGAAAGGUGAUUCACCCUCCAUGACUUGACCCUGUAAACAAUAAUGGCAGCAGAACGUCCCAUCUCACACCCACUGAGGGUAGACUUGAGGGGCUCCCUCAUGUUCCUAUGUACAUUACGUUAGUGACUUGUCCUGCUCUGUGGCAAAUGCGACUCAGGAAAGGAAGGGUUUUUGGCUAACUGUUAAGCCCAUCACAACAGGGAAACCAUGACAGCUGGGGCUUGAGACAGCUGCUCACUGCAUCUGCAGUCAGGAAACAGCAGUGGAUGCUUCUCCUUGGGUAGCUUUCUCCUUUUUAUGCAGCCUAGGACCUCAGCCCAUAGAAUGGUUCCCCGCACAUUCAGAGUGGGCCUCCACACCUCAGUUAAUAUGAUUUCAAUCCAGAUAGUCCUGUCCUUGUUGGUAGCUGUUGCUGUAAUAAACCAUGGACCAAAACUAACACCCACCAGGUAUACAGGCACACAAAAAUAAAAAUAGUUUUAAAAGAAUUUGACAGUGAAAAAGUAAAGCAAUUAGUAUUACAGUAAAUAUUGAAUCUACUGAAAAAUUCAGAGAGGAAUAAAGCAAUACAAGUAUUUAAUAUUAAGCAGUGUAGCUCAGGUCUGCUCAACUAAAAGCAAAAAUGAUGGGACAUUUUUCCUGUAAUGAAGACUCUUUUUUUUUUUUUAUGUGUGUGUGACAGGGUUUCUCUGUGUAACAGCUCUGGCUGUCAUCAACUUGCUCUCUGUAGACCAGGCUGGCCUCAAACUCAGAGAUCUGCCUGGUAUUAAAGGCAUGCACCACCAUGCCUGGAUGCUAAGCCUCUGCUGAAUUGCCCUUUCCUGAUGUGGGGUCCUGAAAUGCUCGUGGCAAUAUGGAUCUUGCCAGUGCCCCAGGCUCCCACAUCCUCUUGCUACUCAAGGGUCAUAGGUCACAGAAGGCAUCAGUGCACAGACAAGAAAGCAUCUUGAACACACUUGGGAAGAGUCAGAAGGGCUGGGGCUACUCAAGGUCACUCUUAGACCCUGUGGGAGGGACUUUUCACACCUGUUUGUAACAGCUUUGAUCUGGAUGGGAAAACCAAAAAUUAAAACUGUUUUUGAGAAGCUUCAA